AUCGACCCCAACCCCUCAAGUCGCUUCGUCGCAGCAAACAUGUUCGGGGCUCUGAAUCGCUUCAUCGGCUUGGAGGCCGAGCCUGUCGAGCAGAGCCGGGCCCAGAAUCCUAGCGACAACUCAUUUGGUUUUCAGGUCCUCCGCAACAAGGAUGCCGAGCUGCCGCUGGAGCCCUGGUUUGAUUUCAUUGUCGGCAUUAAUGGCCGGUUAAUAGAGGACCCAGAUCCAAAUCUCUUCGCUACGGAAGUGCGCAAUUGCGCGGGAUCCAGCGUGACCUUUGAAGUCUGGAGUGCAAAGGGUCAAAAAACACACACCGUCUCCAUCCCUGUCCCCGCAUCCAACCCUAGUCUAGGCCUGGCGCUACAACUGGCCCCCCUAUCCUCCACCCAACACAUCUGGCACGUCCUCACGAUCCCUUCUCCGCUCAGUCCGGCUUACCGCGCCGGUUUGCUUCCACACUCCGACUACAUUAUCGGAACGCCCAGUGGUACGUUACGCGGUGAAUCGGCGCUGGGAGAGCUUGUCGAGGACCACUUGAACCGCACGUUAGUGCUGUGGGUUUACAAUAGCGAGUUUGACGUGGUGCGCGAGGUUGAGCUGGUGCCCACGCGGGGCUGGGGAGGCGAGGGCGCUCUGGGAGCCGAGCUGGGAUACGGAGCACUACACCGGUUACCGGUCGGACUGGGCGAGGAAGUCGAGGGCCCUGGCGAAGUGGUCUUCGAGACGCGCGAGGAUGGCACCUCCGCACCUCUGAUGGAAGCGAUGGGCCAGGCACCCCCGCCGUCCGGACACUUUCUCGUCCCAGCCAAUAUGACCUCGCCUCCGCCCUUGUCCGGGCCUCCACGGAAUCUGGCGGCAUCACCAGCGAGCCAUUCGCCCGCGGGACGGCGGCAUAAGGCCCGUCACACGGCGAGCGCCAAUGCUGGGUCGUUCGACGACUACUUCGCGGAGGGAGAGCAGAAGAGCAAAGAGCAAGACUAUGCGCCGUCCCGGAGAGGAACACCGCUGCCACCUCCGCCCAAGGCUGGGGUGCGGUCGCCGCCCAGCUCGGGAGUCCGGCGUCAGGGGUUGCGUAGUGAGCAAACACUUAGUUGUACAGUAUUAUUAUGAGAUCUGGAGUCACGAUGGUCUAGUGCUGUAGAUGAGAUUUCCCGUGUCAAGCAUGGAAUGGUCAUUGGUGCGAGAAAGAUGAUGGAAGUGGAUCGCUCUCCAACCCGCCCGCAUUCAACACUAAUCGCUACUAGUGGCUGAACAUAACAAUAAUUCCCGGCUUCCCAUUGGUCUGGUGGCUACAAAAUACAGAUAUCUAUCUACCAACUGUGAACUGAGAUCCUACUACUACCUACUGCUGUCACUACCACUAUUCACAGUC